GCACCGUGCUUACCUCGGUUAUUUUUCUAUGUGCUACAUGUUUCCAAAGGACGGGACCGUCCUCAUAGUUUGAAACCAGUUUCACUUCUGUUUGAAUCACAGCGGUCUGCUGCGUCUGUACCGCAUCACUCUUUUCUACUGCAGGUUUGUACCCUCCGCCAUGUCUGUGGUCACGUCCGGCCUGUCUAAGGAUCAGCAGAAGAAGCUGCACUCUCUCCUCGGUCAUGUCAAACUCCACCUGCUCUACAAAGCCAGCGUCCACGGCUUCAUUGCCGCUGCUUUCCACGCCCACUGUGACAGACAGGGGCCCACCGUCAUCACCGCCUACAACGCCACUGGGUUUGUUUUUGGAGCUUACACCUCUAAAGACUACACCCAGUGCCAAGAGGGCAUCAGUGAUGAGCGGGCUUUCCUCUACAGCAUCGGUGCAGGGGAAGACAAGCCGCUGAGGGUGGGGGGUAUCAGCGGACAGUGUGCUUUCACUGAUGUAUCAACUGGUCCAAAUUAUGGUGCUUUGGUGUUCCUGAAUGAGGACAAACCUCAGUUCCUGUCCAACCCAGGGACGGGCUUCGUCUUUCAGGCAGCAGUGAUGCAUGGAGAAGACUUAGCGCUGACUGAGUUUGAAGUGUAUCGAGUUGAAGGUUUGGGAGAUCUCCUGGCUAAACCCUGGAGGAACAUCCAGUGGACUGCAGAAAGAAGGCAGCAGUCGAUGAAGGCCAUCCGGAGCUAUCAGUCUUGCAUCAAAACAGUUCAUCAAGCCCGGGUGUUGUUGGUGGGUCCAGUUGGGGCUGGUAAGUCCAGCUUCUUCAACUCCAUCAACUCAGCGUUUCGAGGCAACAUGACGUCCCAGGCCAUCGCUGGUACUGCAGGGAAGAGUGUGACCACUCAGUUUCGCACCUACACCAUCAAGGCAGGGAAAGGUGGUGAAGCUGUUCCUCUGAUCCUGUGCGAUACAAUGGGGCUGGAGGAAAAUGCUGAUGCUGGUUUGGACAUUGAGGACUUAGUCAACAUCUACAAGGGUCACGUCAAGGAUCGCUACCAGUUUAGUCCCUCUGCUCCUCUCCUGGAGAGCGCUCCGGGCUACAAGAAGCAUGUGACCCUCAAUGACAGGAUUCAUUGUGUGGUUUAUGUAAUGGACACCUGCAAGGUCUCUCUCCUUACCCAGAAAAUGCUCGACAAGUUUGCUGCCAUCCGUAAAAAGACCAACCAGCUGGGUAUUCCUCAGAUACUUCUGAUGACCAAAGUAGACGAGGCAUGUCCGCUAGUGGCAGAAGACUUGAAGAAUGUUUAUCGCAGUGUUUACAUCCAGAGGAAGGCACGGGAGCUGAGUGAGUCUCUGGGCAUCCCCUUGUCCUGCGUGCUGCCGGUGAAGAACUACAGUGAGGAGCUGGAGCUGGACCAGGACACUGACAUAUUGCUCUUUACUGCAGUUGAGCAGAUGCUGAACUACGCAGACAGCUUCUUCGAGAACCAGGAUAUUGAAGAUCCCGAGGCGACUGAUCAACUGGAGCUCUACAGAUCCAACAGUUAUCAACAGCCCGUCUUAGCGGAACGCACUGAACAUAAUGUCGUUUGAAAGACAGAACAUUGUCAUUUAUCCAAAACCUUUUAAAUUUAAACUAAUGAGUCUGUUUACCAAAUACAUUUAAUGAAAGGUUGUUAUCUUUGUCAAUUUCUAUGUAGUUGUUUUUACUUGUCAGGAGCAUAACAACAACUAAAGACAAAAUAAUUAAAGUAUGCCUAAAUAUUGUCCCAUGUGACUCAACUUUUAAGACAACAUAGAUUAAAAAUCUAGAAAACAAGA